UAAUGCUGUGACUCUCAUUCGGUUAACUCUGUGUUUAAAUAUUCAAUUUUAACUUUCUUCUGCUUCUUAUUGGUAACAAUUGUUGUUCCAUUGGAUUUCUGGUUUUGUUUCCCAUCAACAUUGACCAUCAUCCUUCAUUUGUUGUCCACAUUUUAAAGUAAUCUCGCCAUUUUCAUCAUUUUCAAGCUCUAAAUUCACCAACAGUCAGUAUAUUCAUCCUUUUUUAUUUACCUUAAAAGAUAUUGGUUUCCAUCUUAUGUCAACUCGGGUUUACUUUCAACCGUUUCUUUUCAUCUUUCUCGUUUGACUGUUAAAUUGGACCAAUUCUUCUUCUAUCAUUCAAAUUUCAUUCUAUUAGUGUGUCUUUAUAUUGUGUCAUCAAUGUUAAUAAAACAAGUGAAGAUGACAUUGCUCGAAGUGGAACCGUCCAUUAGUUGGUUUGUUAUUCAACUUAAACCACCAUAUCGUCUCAAUUAUUGUUAAUUUUUCUCCUUUUAUUGGAUUUACUUACAUCCAGCCAAGUGUAAAGGUCCUUUGAUUGAAAAAGAAGGGUUUACAGGAUUCCAUUUCAUCAUCUCAGUCUAUACUAUCAUCGGUUGAAUAUCUGUCAACAACACCUUCUGACUAUUUUCACUUCACUUAAACUCUGUGUCACCGUGUUAACCUUGCAUCUUAAGAAAAACCAUUUUCUUUGUUUUGUUUUCUCCUCACAAUUUUGUUUCAAUUUUUUUCUUCUCUCAAUACAAUCGUAUUUUUGUCCCUUAAGACCAGUAUUACAAGUUUGGAUCAAGUUUGACUUUAACUUUAAUUUAUAUCGCAAUUACCCUUUUUAUUUUGUCUUAAAAUCAUCAUCAUCACCAUCACAUAUUCACCAUCAUAAUGAUCAGAAGAGAUCAUCAAGUUUUUACCGUAGAAAGCUCUAUGAUCAAAGGGUCUGGAAGAUAUUUUGUCAAUCCAGUUUUCUCUCAUGAUGAGAUUGUUCCAGUGUCAAAUGUGUUUCGCCAAACAAUCAAUAGAUGUGACAGAAGUUUAAAGCGUCAAUCAAGCUUUCAGCCGGUAACAAUUGAAUGGCAAGAUUUAAGUGUUUCAGUUCGACCAGGAAGAGGAUUGUUCAAAUCAAAAACAUCUCAUAACGAGCUUAUUCCUAUUAUUAAAAAUGUCACUGGACAUGUUGACAGUGGUCAUCUUCUUGCCAUCAUGGGAGCCUCAGGAGCUGGUAAAACAACAUUCUUGAAUGUGUUGACCGGCAGAAACCUUAGGAAUCUUGAUGUUAGCGGUAAAGUGCUGCUUAAUGGGCAAAUUGCGACAGCCGAUAAAAUGGCUGCUUGUUCAGCUUAUGUUCAACAGGAUGACAUGUUUAUCGGUGUUUUAACCGUACGGGAACAUCUCAUUUUUCAAGCUCAUCUUCGGACAAGUCAUUCUUCGGAUAAAGAGAUAAGAGCGAAAGUGGACAAUGUUAUUUUUGAGCUUGGUCUUAAAAAGAUCGAAAAUUAUCGCAUUGGUUCACCAGGAAUGAAUAAAUCAAUCUCAGGAGGGGAAAUGAAACGACUUGCAUUCGCAUCUGAAAUUCUGACUGAUCCAUCAAUACUUUUCUGUGACGAACCAACCUCAGGAUUAGAUUCAUUUAUGGCUCAAAGUGUGGUUAGCGUUUUAAGAGGGAUGGCAGCGACUAAACGAACCAUUCUAGCCACAAUUCACCAACCUUCAUCACAAGUAUUUGAAAUGUUUGAUGAAUUAUUGUUGCUGUCACAAGGAAGAGUUGCUUUCAUGGGAAGCUCAGCAGAUGCUCUUAUCUUUUUCUCUCGGAUCGGUCUUCGUUGUCCUCAUAACUAUAAUCCAGCUGAUUUUUAUGUCCAACAACUAGCAAUUAUACCGGGAAGGGAAGACGAGUGUAAACGAAAAGUUGCUAGGAUUUGUACCAAAUUUUCAGAAUCAUCUUACGCAUAUCGGACUAAACAAGAAUCUGCGCCAGUUGGACUUAAAUUUGGCUUCAAAACACAAAUAGAUUUCUCUUAUAAACGUGGUUUUUUUACACAAAUCAAAUGGGUUGUUUGGAGAUCAUGGCUAACUAAUCUUCGGGAUCCUUUAUUAACCUUUUUUAGGAUAGCACAGACCAUUUUUGUCGCUCUACUUCUGGGUGUAGUUUAUUGGAAACAGGAAUACACGCAAGAAGGAAUUAUGAACAUUAAUGGAGCAUUAUUUAUAUUAUUAGCUAAUAUCACAUUUACAAAUGUCUUUGCCGUUGUCAAUACAUUCUGCUUGGAACUACCGAUAUUUAUUCGUGAAUAUGGCAAUGGGCUUUAUUCAAUUGCAGUUUACUUUCUGUCUAAAUUACUGGCUGAAUUACCGUAUUUCGUUUUUCUUCCAUUUGGUUUUGCUGCCAUAACUUAUUGGAUGAUCGGUUUAUAUGAUGAUAUUCAAGCAUUUUAUCUUGCGGCCAUGGUUUUAGUACUUAUAGCGAAUGUUGCUUGUGGCUUUGGUUACUUCAUCUCAUGUAUUAGUAAAAGUGCUACCAUUGGAUUAUCCAUUGCACCACCUUUUAUAAUUCCUUUAAUGCUAUUCGGAGGACUUUUCUUAAAUAACAAAUCAAUUCCAUCUUACCUUGCUUGGAUCAAGUAUCUCAGUUGGUUUUAUUAUGGAAAUGAGAUUCUUGUGGUGAACCAAUGGCGUAAAGUGACCAAUAUAACAUGUGAUAUACCUCAAUCUGACGAUGAUUUGAAUUCACUUGUUGGAUCUUUAAUGUUAAAUAUAUCAGAUAUCCGUGAAGGAUUAACAAAUGCAUUACCACCAGGAUUAGGCUGUACUUUGGAUGGUAAAGGGGUAAUUCAAAGAUUACACUUUGAUGAAGACAACGUAACCUUCAAUUUUAUCGCUCUGGGAGUUCUUCUAGUCUCUUUUAGAGUUUUGGCUUUUAUCGCGAUAACCAUUCGAGCUCGACUAUUUAGAUAAUUAUACUAAAGAUAUUUCAAAAAGAUUAUUUUUUGCAAACAAUUUUCUCUUUUAACUUCACACGAAUCAUUCCAUAUCAAAUAAAUUUAGCCAAUGAUUCACUUAUUUCAAUAUCCAUUUAUUUGGCUAUCAAUAAGUUCAUUUUACAAUGUAAUAAUGACAGAUAUAUUACCGGUUAUUAUCAUUUUUUUGUAGUAAAAUUGACUUCA